UUGUUGCAGAUCAGAAGAAGGAGAGCUGUGAGGAACAGAUUUGAAGUGCUGUAGCUUUAAAAUCCAAUUCUUCAACAUAGGCUGCUGCUUCCACGACAAUGUCAAUGUAGAUGGUCAGGCACUAGCUUUGAAAGUUUGACUGGGGAAUAGAGGUGCGAACCGGAACAGUGUCGCGGCUGGAGGGACAAAGAGGAAUGGGGCAUUGAGACCAAAUGAUAUGUUCGUUGACCAAGAUAUUGUUGAAUACGAUAAUAAACGCGUCGGCGAUUGAUAGUAGCUCAAAGAUGUGCCAUCGACUCGUAGUCCUCAGAGUGAAGCUAUAGAAUAGCUUGAACUAUUAGCUGCAGGUAGUUCUGAAAAACAGCCAUGCUGUUAGAAUAUCGCACAUUGAUGUUCGGAAUUGUAUCUUUGCUGGUAUUGUUUUUAAUCUUCGCGGAUAUUUCUGAAUUGGAGGAAGAAAUUGCGAACAUUGGAGGUUCAAGAAAAUUCUACUGGCCCAGCAGCAUACCCCAGCCCAACAGAAUUACAGCAGUGAAGAUCAACGCAACACCGUUAGCCAGUGAAAGCAAGGAUACCAUCAGUAUUCCUCCUUCAAGCUGCAGUAAUACAACCAAGCUCUCUCUAGAUAACUGGACCUUCAACAAGACCCUUUCAAGAAUAAUCAGGAAAAACAUAUUGAAAUUCUUUGAUCCCGAGAGGGAUAUCUCCAUUCUGAAGGGCACUCUGAAGCCAGGAGAUGUCAUCCACUAUGUGUUCGACCGACAGAGCACUACAAACAUAUCAGAGAACCUAUACCAACUGCUCCCCACUGCGUCCCCCAUGAAGAACCAGCACCACCAUCGGUGUGCCAUUGUGGGGAAUUCUGGAAUCCUGCUGAACAGCAGCUGCGGCCCAGAAAUUGACUCUCAUGACUUUGUCAUCAGAUGUAACCUGGCCCCAGUGGAUGAGUUUGCUGGGGACGUAGGGCUGCACACCCACCUGGUCACCAUGAACCCCUCGGUUGUCCAGAGGGCCUUCCAGGACCUGGCUGAUGAGGAUGGUAGGGAGCGGUUCCUGCACAGGCUCAAGGGCCUCAGUGGCAGUGUCCUGUGGAUUCCGGCCUUCAUGGCCAAAGGUGGAGAGAAGCGUGUGGAGUGGGCUAUCCGACUCAUUCUCCUGCACACUGUGGAUGUGCGCACUGCAUUCCCCUCCCUGCGUCUGCUGCAUGCUGUCAGAGGGUAUUGGCUGACUAACAAUGUCCAGAUUAAGAGGCCAACCACUGGUCUGCUGAUGUAUACUAUGGCCACUCGUUUCUGUGAAGAGAUACAUCUCUAUGGCUUCUGGCCCUUCGCUCGUGACCCACAUGGAAAACCAGUAAAGUACCACUACUACGACACUCUUACCUAUGAGUACACAUCCCACUCCAGUCCACACACCAUGCCACUAGAGUUCAGGACCCUGAACACUCUCCACAGGCAGGGGGCGCUGAGGCUCCACACUGGUGCUUGUGAAGCAAGAAGGGAACAGCAGAAAGCUCAACAAGGAGUGUCACCAUGAUGGUGUUCUCUCAGCUUUUGGGGAAAUUCUGUCUAACUGAUCAUGUUCUUUGGUCUCAGAAGAAAGUGACUCUGAACAGCACUUCAGUGAAUCUGUGAAUUGUAGUUAUUACUGUGUAUAAUGUAUAAUGUAACUUUUUAGCUUCAUAAAAUGAUUGAACAAAUUAUUCUUUCACCAUUUCCAACAAAACUGUGUUUAGGAGAGCUGUAAAGGCCGCUCCAGUGUUGAGAGAUUUUGACAUAGCAGUUGAUUGAUACCAAGUUGCAAAAAAUAGGUGCCUAUGAUAAAGGACAACAGCCCACACCAUGCAG